GGGGCGCUAACCUUGAAGCUCAUUGGAUAACGAGAAUGUGAUAUCAGCAUUACGUACUUUCAAAUACCACAAUCUGACAGCAAGACGAGUUAGACGUUUGGUGUAUUCGAAAGAGAAAGGUCUAGUUGGGAGUUUGGAUAACUUAACUGCUGUGCGGUCGUCAGAAGCGUGGAUGUUAACGUUUUCUUAGCGCAGGUUACGAUAGUUUUACUGAAUUUUUGAAGAUUUUGUUGUACUGUGACUUGACAUGUCUUCCUAGUCUGUACAAGGGAAAUAAGGUGUGUUGCACUAAAAACUUAGGCGUACAACGUUCAUGUUACCACACAACGGACUCUCGACAAUGAUGGCUACAUCACCGUCGAGCAACGAUGACUUAGGUCAAGAUACAGAAAGAGGGGAGAUUAUGUUUGGUUCUAUGAAGGUUCUUUCGAACUCUCGCACUCCGUAUACGGAUGCUACACGGUGUAAAAAAGCAGCUAAUCAUAUUAAACGUCCUAUGAACGCUUUCAUGGUAUGGAGUCAGAUUGAACGCCGUAAGAUUUGUGAGCAACAACCUGAUAUGCACAACGCAGAAAUUAGUAAGCGGUUAGGGAAAAGGUGGAAGCUACUUACUGAUGAAGAGCGUCAACCUUUCAUUGAGGAAGCUGAACGAUUGCGCUUACUUCACAUGCAAGAAUAUCCUGAUUACAAAUACAGACCAAGAAAAAAAGUGAAGCCAACUUCGAAGUCUGAAAAGAAGAGUCCUGUGAAACACAAGUCUAACGGAGAUAAGGGUGGUAGUAAGCCUAAACAGCCAAGAUUUCAUCUAUCAAGUCCCACUGUAAACCAAACAACUGUCUCUACUAGUGGAAUAAAUCAUAACAGGCUCAAACUGAAGCUCACCAUCGAUAAGAAAUUUAAAGAAAGUAUUCGGCAGAGUAAACAGGUUCCUUUGUCUGUGAAUCAGUUCACACCUCCGGCCAAAGUACCGUGUUCGCCGUCAGAGGAUCAACCUUCUUCCCCGGAAAGCACCAACGUUAGCCUGUAUGAAGAUAACAUGUAUGCCAAAAAUACCAAAGCAAACUUGAUUACAGCAAAUAAAGCAGCGAUAUCUGUUAAGACUGAACCAGUUGAAGCUGUGGAAACAUCUAAUGGCUCACCUGACAACAGCCUAGUUGAUCUAGACACAUUGACCGAAGUGCUGUUAGUACCCUCUACGUGGGCUCAAGAACUGGGCAGUUUGAACAUUUCACCUUUGACGGACUUUGAUGCUUUGGAAACUGGUAGUACUAGUUCUGGCUCGCACUUUGAAUUUCCGGACUACCAGAAUUCAGAAGUGACCGAUAUUUUGGGAGAAGACUGGCUUGAUACUAGUUUUGCCACCUUUAUUUAACUGUUAGGCAGUCAACCCUUCAGCAAGAAACACUCAAACAGUGACCGUAAAGUUCUGUUGUUCCGUAGUUGUCUGUGUGAAAAGAUUAAUUAAUUCUUCGUGAA